GACAAAACGCAGACGUAGUUCAAGUCAGAACAGAGCUUGAACACAGCAGACGACCACUGAUUCAUUUGUUUCCACUAAAUCUUCUUUUGCCGUUGCAACAUCUAGUUCCUGUUGUCGGACAUGGCAGCUGACUGCGAGGCCUGGCUCAACUCGAACCCCGUCGAGGCCGACAAUGUGAGUGACUCCUUUUUGUCUGAAGAUGAAAGCAAUGGUGGAGCGCUCAUCGUCAACAAGAACAUCAACAACGAGAUCAAUGGCAACUGGCUGUUGUCGUCAAGCAGCAGCAUCCAAGAGGCACGUCUCAAGGCCAAGGCCAAGCGGAGGCUCAGAAAGAACUCAUCCAGGGAUUCUGGCAGGGGGGACUCCCUUAGUGAUAAUGGCGAUCUGGUCAGGGGGACAGCGGUGGCCCCCACCAGCCCCAAAAGCAAGCUGCUGGACAGAAGGUCCAGACUGGGCAAAGGCAGAGGACUGCCAAAGAAAGGUGGGGCUGGAGGCAAAGGUGUGUGGGGCAGAUCCGGUGAAGUGUAUGAACCAGAGCAAGUCGAUGAGAAAGAUCCAAACUAUGAUGAAGCUCAGGAAAACUGCGUGUAUGAGACUGUGGUCCCUCCGCUGGAUGAGAAGGACUUUGAGAAGACUGUCACGCCCAUCGUGCAGGAGUACUUUGAACAUGGAGACAAAAAUGAAGUGGUGGAGCUGCUAGCAGAUCUUAACCUGGGGCCCAUGAGAAGCGAAGUGCCCUCGCUGGCUGUGUCGUUGGCCCUGGAGGCCAAGGCCAGCCAGCGGGAGCUGACCUCCAGGCUGCUGGCUGAUCUUUGUGGGCCCGUCUUAUUACGCAGUGAUUUGGAGAAGUCCUUUGAUAAACUCCUCCGAGAGCUUCCAGAUCUGGUGCUGGACACACCUGGAGCCCCGCAGCUAAUGGGCCAGUUCAUCGCACGUGCUGUCUGUGACAAAAUAUUGUCAAAGAGCUACAUUGAGGGCUACAAAGGCAGAGUUGGCUGUGAAUACACAAGGGCAGCCCUAGACCGGGCGGCUGUGCUUUUGAAGAUGAGUAAGGGUGGGGUUCGUGUAGACAACCAAUGGAGCACAGGCGGGGGACAGAGACCUGUCACACAGCUCGUCAAAGAGAUGAACCUGCUACUUAAGGAAUACAUCCUAUCUGGAGACAGCAAGGAGGCUGAGAGGUGCCUACGAGAUUUGGAGGUUCCUCAUUUUCACCAUGAGUUUGUCUAUGAGGCUAUAGUAAUGGUACUUGAAUCCAAGGGAGAGAAGACAUUCAAAAUGGUUCUGCAGCUUCUUAAGUCACUCUCUGUGUCCUCCAUCAUCACUGUGGACCAAAUGAGAAGGGGCUAUGAAAGAGUUUAUAUGGACAUAGCUGAAAUUAACAUAGAUGUUCCUCGUGCGUACUUCAUCCUUGAGCAGUUUGUUGAAAAGAGCUUUAAUAUGGGAAUCAUUGAUGUAAAGUUAAGAGAUCUUUGCCCCUGUAGGGGUCGCAAGAGAUUUGUCAGCGAGGGAGACGGGGGUCUCAUCAAAACUGAAAGCUAAAGAGAAGCGCUUUUAACGCUCCGGUACUUUUUUACUUGCAUUUUUCCUAACUAGUAGUGGGAAAAAAUGCACUUUUGAAACUGAAGUUCUUUAGAUGGUUUCCUCCCUUGUUUAAGCAUAAACAAUAACAUAAGCUACCCCAGAAAGUGCCAUACCUCUGUGUCAGUCAUUCCAUGUUAUGAUGAAUUGUAUUCAAUGGAGUUCACUGCCACACCUUUUGUGUGUUCUAGGAGGCAACUGUUUGUACAUGCGACUGCUUUGUUUCAAGAGCUUUAUAAUAUGUACGGAAAAUAAAGGAGACUAUGUUUGUUAUAUGCAAUACUGCCUCCCCCCCC